CACUUUAACAUGGUACAUUUUAUAGUAGAUUAGAAUUAAAAAAUAUCAGACUUGCACACCAUAAAAUCCUAAAAAUACUAGGCUGGAGUUAAAACCUGGAACAGCAAUAAAUGAGCAGUAGAAAUAUAUAAAUAUAAAUUGGUAGCCAAUAUUAUUGAUGCAUUGCUUGUGAAUGUUUUUGCAGCACAUUUUAUAUUUUAGUUUAAUCACAAAAUCGAAUUCUAUGAACCCUUCAGAUCAAAUAUCCAAUAAAGACGAAGCUUCCAGGGGAAAAAUUUACACAUUUUAAUGGGGAAUUUUAAAAAACGAUUUCAGGAACAUUCCAGAAGCAUCGUCUAGUAACUUGAACAACGAAAUCAUUUCCACUGACAAUAAGAACGAAGUUAUGAAACGAGCUGCUGCAAAAAAACUCAUUGAAAGAUACUUCUACCAACUUACUGAUGGAUGCGGAAAUCCUCAUUGUGACAACCAAUACUGUGCUUCGAGUGGUGAAUUGAAACCUCUAACACCCGAUGAAGCAGCAGCUCAAGCAAUUCAGUUAUUUUCUCAAGAUGCUCGACUAUGUGACAGACAUCCCAACAAAAUAGCUCGAAAACAGGGAAACAUAAUAAAUAACAAAAAUGAUACUACAAAUGACGUCAAUUUUGAAUCAGAUUUACCAAGAAAUGAUAUUGAAUCACAGAGUAAUUAUUCAAAUAGUAAAGAAAGUCUCAAAUAUAACACUCCAAUACCAACAUAUUUAACAGAACAGGCUUUGUAUGAUAUAAUAGAUGAAUGUGAAGCUAAUAAUAGUUAUUCCCCUUUAAUUCGAACUGUAGGAGAAAUAUUCAGUAGCAUUGAAAACCUAUCAAAGAGUUUCCCACAAGAACCAAGUACUCCUACUAGAAGUUCUUCAAAUUUGGAAAAUGCAGAUAUUAAAUCUUUGAAAAAAGAAGAUGUAAGAAGCUUAGAAGGAGAAAAGGACAAAGAUGAAGACAGUAGCGCAGAAUCAAAUAAAAAUUCACUGCCACCAGUUGAUAUACCGGCAGUCCGUAGAGCAUAUACAGCUCUGUUUAAAUUAAAUUCUUCUAUUUUUGAAAAUGCUCUUGUGAAUGCUUUAGUCACAUUAGCCGGCAAUUUACAAAUGGAAUUACCUAUGAGGAAAGAAAGUGGCAGUCAUGAUGACAUAGUAAAUGUUUUAGUUAUCGUCUUUGAAAUCCCAGCAUUAGGUUCAGGAGAUCUAUUAGAGACAGCUUUGCCUGCAAUAUGUAGAGCAGCACAAAGGCUUCCAGUAGAAGUUCAAGCCAGUUUAGCUAUUCAGUGGUCAGGCGUAGCUAGAAGGAGUAUCAGAAGUAUAUUGGAAAAUUUGCAACAACUUAUAACAUUGCGUGUAAUAAUGACACCUUUUCAAAGAGAUUUUUUUGUACAGGAUGAAAAUGUUAUUACAUCUGCAACUAAAUUUAUGAAGAUUCUGUAUUAUGCAAACAUGUUAGCUGGGGUAUUAGAAUCGCCAGAACUUAGAUACCAAAGCCUUUCUGAUACUAAAGAUGGAUUCAAACCUCAAAGUACCCUACCUCCAGAUCCUUUAGCUGAAGAAUUAGGUAUACAUGUACUCGAUUGCCGAAAACCUUAUUUACCAUUUUCAGAAUUCUAUAAUGAGCCACUUAGUGAUGCUGUUGAAAUGGAUAGAGAUUUUGCCAAUUAUAAAAGUGACACAGGUAAAUUUAGUUUCAUGCAUUAUCCAUUCAUAUUGACUCCAGCUACAAAAACAAUGGGCCUCUAUUUCGAUAAUAGAAUACGGAUGUACUCUGAAAGGAGAAUCAGCUUUUUACAAACAUUCACAGGCUUGCCAUCACAACCCUUUUUAAAAUUAAAAGUAAGAAGGGAUCAUAUCAUUGAUGAUGCUCUUGUAGAGCUGGAAAUGAUUUCUAUGGACAACCCCAGUGAUUUAAAGAAACAACUGGUGGUGGAAUUUGAAGGGGAACAAGGUAUAGAUGAAGGGGGAGUUUCAAAAGAAUUUUUUCAAUUAGUGAUAGAAGAAAUUUUUAAUCCUGAUUAUGCCAUGUUUUCAAUUCAACCGGAAUCACAAACUGUAUGGUUUAAUCCCACCAGUUUUGAAAGUGACGCUCAGUUCACUUUGAUAGGAAUAGUGUUAGGGUUGGCAAUAUAUAACAAUGUCAUAUUGGCUGUUAAUUUUCCUAUGGUACUUUAUAGGAAACUGAUGGGAAAACGGGGGAGUUUUGAAGAUUUACAGGACUGGACUCCCGUGUUGUAUAACAGUUUAAAACAACUUUUGGAAUAUCAUGAACCAAACUUUGAAGAUAUGUUUAUGUUGACAUUUAGGAUAAGUUACCAAGAUGUGUUUGGUUCUACUAUUAGUUAUGAUUUAAAAGAAAAUGGGGACAAAAUAAGUGUUACACAAGAAAAUAAAUAUGAAUUUGUGGAUUUAUAUGCUGAUUUCUUAUUAAACAAAUCAGUCGAAAAACAAUUUUCGGCUUUCUAUAAAGGAUUUCAAAUGGUGGUAGACGAAUCACCUCUAGAGUUGCUAUUCCGUCCAGAAGAAAUUGAGCUGUUGAUUUGUGGUAGUAAAAACUUUGAUUUUGAUGAAUUGGAGCAUUCGACAGAAUAUGAUGGCGGUUACACAAACGAAAGUCAAAUUAUAAAAGAUUUCUGGUCGGUGGUUCACGCUCUGUCGUUGGAAGACAAGAGAAAACUUUUACAGUUUACAACAGGGUCAGAUCGUGUACCAAUAGGUGGACUUUCGAGACUGAAACUAGUCAUAGCUAAAAAUGGACCAGACUCUGAUCGACUACCGACAGCUCAUACGUGUUUUAACGUUCUCUUAUUGCCAGAAUAUUCUUCAAAAACAAAAUUGAAGGAUAGAUUGGUGAAAGCAAUAAAUUAUUCAAAAGGAUUUGGCAUGUUGUAAAAAAUUGUGUUUUGUGAUAAAUUAGAUUAUAUUUCAGUUACUAACAAAACUGAUUUGUUUUUAAACAUAAUUAUUAUUGUGUACAGCUCUGUCUUAUGACAUCUUGUUGAUUAUUAACUCUUUUUGUAUUGUGCAAUUUCGGACAAAAUACAUUAAUAAAAGAGAAA